CUAGCUAGAGAGGAAAUAUGGCUUCAUCCAGCUGCUACAAUUCCCCAUGUGCUGCCUGCAAAUUCCUAAGGAGAAAAUGUCUGCCUGGCUGCAUAUUUGCACCUUAUUUCCCACCUGAGGAGCCACAGAAAUUUGCCAAUGUCCACAAAAUCUUCGGGGCUAGCAAUGUGACCAAGCUUCUGAACGAGCUCCUCCCUCACCAGAGGGAGGACGCCGUCAACACUUUGGCCUACGAAGCCGAGGCAAGAGUCAGGGAUCCCGUUUAUGGGUGUGUUGGCGCAAUCACUUUCCUCCAACGCCAAGUCGAGCGCCUCCAGAAGGAGCUCGACGCUGCUAACGCAGAUUUAAUUCGCUAUGCUUCUUGCAACGAUGUUUCAGCUCCAUUGGUUGCACCCCAAAGGGGGUAUGAAUUGGGAGGUUUUCAUCAAACACAUAAUUUUCCUUUCCCUUAUCCUCCAUCAUGGAAUGAUCAAAGCCCUUCUGGAGGCCAUGGAAGAGGAGGAAAUAUUUGAGCCUAAUUUAUAGAGGGUUCAGGUUUCUUGGAUCAUUUCCUUUUUCUACAACCUGCUAUGGUUGCUAGCUAGCACUCCUCACAUGCAGUUUCCUAGCUAGACUGAAUAACUAUGGCGUAAAUUUGGGGAGUUUAGACUUUUAGUAGAUGUGCUGCUUAAAAAAAACUCUUUCUCUAAGUAUUUUAUGUGUCAUAUUCAGAGACGACCUAAAAUGUGGCAUGGCAAGCUAAGUCUAUGGUUGCUACAUUUUCUGUUCUAUUAUUGAGAGUCUAGAAAGAUGUCCAUGUGAACUGUCCUAUUUAUGGGAUUUGUUUAUGGUUUACUGAA